ACAUUCGUUCACUAAGACAAAAGAAAACUGCUCUAGAGAUUGAAAAUGCAGAACUCUCAAAGGUUGAAGAAUUGUUGAAAACAACUGAGGCUGAACGGAAGAAGUUAGAAGAGCACACAGAUUUGUAUAAACUUCAUUAUACCAAGAAAAAGGAGAUCAUUGCCAAACAAGCCACUCAAAUAGCAGAACAAAUCAAAGAACUUGAUUAUUACAAAAGGGCUGAAGAAAAACUCAUCAAUGAAUACACUCCCCUCAAUGAUAAACUUAAUAUGGAAAUGAUGAAGAAUAAGUCACUAGGUAAACAGGUUCGUAAUCUAGAGACACAGCUUGAUCUGGCUAAUAGAAAGAUAAAGGAGUACAGGCAAGAGAUUGAGAAAAGUGGGAGUGUGUUCCUAGGUGAUCCAUCUGACUUUAAUAGAAUGUUAUCAUCACGAGAAAACUGUGAGGAUGCCAGCUUUAUGGAGAAUCAUCCUUCGUCAGUGCCUUUGAAUACAUCAGUGUUUGACAAGGAGAACGAUGAUACAUUGACUCCUAGUACCAGGUCAAGUCGCUCACAUAGAAGAAUGGGCAAAUCUAUUAGUAGUUCUACAGUAUCCAGUGCUGACAAUGCAGAUACGAUCAGUAUAGGUUCUGCUACAUCUCUCGCUUACAGACUUCGAUCUAGGGAGUCAGCUGUCAGUUUGAACAGGAGUAUCAGCAGUUUUGACUCUUGCAAGUCAAAUGUUCCAAAAGGCACUGGGGGUAUAUUCCACUGCGAAGAUGAACCAAUGGAGUUUGAAUGGGGUCGUUUAGGGGAACUGUCUCGUAGAAACACGAUGUGCCCUUCUCAUUUGAAAACAUCAUAUCCAGUAGAGACUCAACUCUAUAAACCCUCUAGAUUCCGUGAUGAUGCCUUACGGGAGAGCACAAUAAGUAAUGACACUGUGAUAAGUAUCAAAGGACAGCAACCAGGAAGUGGACGCAAAAGAAAACAAGGCUGGGAUAGUACUGAUUCUGGGAGUGACUCUGCAGACAGUAAAACUAGUAAACUGGCAAAGACAGGAUGUGUAUACCAAAAGCCAGGGCCUCCAACUCCUGCCAAUUCUCGAAGAAGUUCAAAAGGGUCAAAGUCACCAAACACAAGACAAACUUCUGGAAAGAGUUCAUCUUCAAGGUCACCAAGAACACCAAUGUCAUUGCGAGGCAGAAGAACACCUAAAAGAACUCCAAAAAAGAACACCCCUAAACGGAGUUCUGCAUUGGACACUCGAUCAAAUAAUGGCUCAGGCAAAAAGAAUUCAAAACGGGAGAGUGUUGCAUUCAAUGUUGGAUUCAGCCCACUUUCCCUGGGCCACUCCAAUCGUCUCACACGCCAGCAAGCAUUUAUUCAGAAGCAGCCCCCUUCAUCCUCACAGAAUGAACCAUCCAUCCGAAAGCCAUUAGGGACACGCAACUUUUUACAAACUGGGUUAUAAAUUUGAGUAAUUGAUGUGUUAGUGCUCAAAAAAGGUUUCUCUUUUGAUUUGUGGUUGUGAAAAACAAACUGUAAGACUGGUUUCGGGAAAAAUUUGGUAAA